UGACUGAUACACUGCAUUCCGCGCAUUGCUCCCUCCCUCCCUCCCUCCCUCACGUAAGGUACCUAUCAGUAUCACUCAGCGCACCGAGGUGUGUGGAGGUGUGUCUCUCGGUGUGAAAGGUGAGCUGAACUAGCAACAAGGUGUGCCCCCCGAGGAGAAGUCAAGGCAUCUUGUUCCCAGAAGUCUCACCACCGGCUCGAGAUGCCCGUUGCAUGUCUCGCUUUCGCCUGGCAUGCUGAGGUAAGUGGACUGAGGAUGAUUGUCGGUCCCAAAAGUUCAUGUCUUGGCCAGCGGUCAAUUCACUGCGAAAAAAGGAAUGACAUGAGAAAUCGCGGAACGAACUCCAUCAUCGUACCAGAGUUUGGAUAUCGUCUGCCCCUUUCUUCCACGUUCCGUACCCCCCUUGCUCAUCAGGCCUUGCCGAAAGCCGUGGAUGCGUGGUUCUGCGGCACAGCGGAACACCCCUGGUCUUCCACGAAUUGAAAUUUUUUUUUGACGUGCGUUUUCCUUUCCGCGCCCACCUCUCCGAUCCCUGACCCUGAUAUUUUUCUUCCUCUCUUUAACACGUUC